GCCCUAAUAUUCCUGCGGAUACUGCUAUUGCCUCUAGUGGCGGAGUGCUGUUAAAAGCAAAUGGCAGAUGGGUUGUUCUGCAGCCUCUCACAGUCAUUUACUGCUGUCUCUCUGUAGCUGUGCUUAGGGCAGCCGUUCCUAAGUCAGAGCGGGAGCGCUGCUACGGGGGUCCUGGCUUUUUGUUGGUGACGGUCGUUGCCAUGCGUCCCAGGGGCUAGUCGAUUAGUGGACCUGUCGAUAUAUCCUGGCGAUGAUAGUCGGUUCUCUGUGAUACCUAUGGUGCUCAAUGUUAUUCUUCGAAGUGGCCAGACGAGUUCUGCACCGAGUACGCGAUCUAAAGGAUAGUGUCCGUUGUCCAGUAUCCUUUAAGCUUGCUGCUGCUGCUGCUGCUAGAUAUGUGUGAUUAUGCCCUGUGUAGAUUUGUCAGUAAUGAUUGGAAACGAUUGUCGGUCAGUGGUGGUUUUAGUAGACAGUUACUAUAGGCGUACUACCGUGUCGCAACUGGAGGCUGCAGCCGUCACCAUAAGCUAGACAGCGCUACCCCAGUGCUAAUCGCAGCGCCGGCAGCGAUUCUUCCCAAAGCAGGCACAUAGACGACAACGACGACGACACGGUCGCUUGUGUCACUGCCGCCGUAUGGUAAAGGAGAGUGCCUGCCCUUCCGUGUCGUGUCGGCUUCGAGGAGGGCUAGCGACACUGACUGUACCCUACCCUAUAUCUACGACUAGACGAAGCAGCUCAGGUGUAGCUUUACUGGUAACAGAACGUACGGAAGGAGUCCGCUAAACAAUAGUAGUGGUUGGCUAUCUGACACCACGGUCAGAAUACCGUGUUUUUUGAAUUUCAGAUAGCUAAUACGCAGAGUAGUAGCAACAAGUCCAGCGCGAAGAUUACGUCCGUCUACGGGAAGAGAAUACGUUUUCAAAGUUUACCUGAGAUGUUCAAGAACCGAAGCGAGAAGCUGUGACAAGAAGAGCUGCGAACAAGCGGCAGUCUUGUGCUACGCUAAAGCAGGCAGCAGCAUCUCAUCACUUCACGGUUUAUCUGGGCUCAUCACUUUGUGGGGAUCGUCCGUGACAGUUGAGUUGCUAUACAGCAUCGCUUUAGCGGCUUUCGUAUUGAUCUGGCGUUGUCCGAAGUAUUCAGGUGAAUCCGAGUUGUACUUCGGUGUAUGAAGGGUGGUUCCAUGGUGGUUUCAUUUUGCGGGCUUUUAGUGUGUGAAUCGUGCCUAGUGCCUGGUGCUUGGUAUCGUUUGAGUUUAUGAAAGGCUGUGAAAUAAGAGCUGAAAUAGGGACGUACGAAGAAAAAAGUCGAUAGGGAAAACCAAGAUAUCAAUCAACUCGUAUCAAUAUAACGCGUACGUACGGGGCAACGAAGAACGCGAAACGUUGCUCGCAACAAAUUCAAGGAGUCGCCGUUAAACUUCAAAUUUCAGAAAGAGCAGAAUUUUGAUCCAGCGAAAACGCUGCUCGCUCGAAAUUCGAUUAGAGUCAGUCGCGGACGAGAUGGCCGUCACACGUCUGGCCUGAUGAGCGAGCCCAAGAGGAGUCCCCAGAGUAGUGGCGGAGGCAGUGGCAGUGGCGGCGGAGGCGCUAGCGGAGGUUUGGCGGGAGGUCUCGGCGGGGAUUUGAAGGAUCACAACAACGUAAACAACCCCAACGGUAGUAGUACAUCUCUGAACAAUAACAACAGCAGUAAUAACUACCAGCAUAAUAACAUAAGCAGCGGUAGUGGCAACCACAGCAGCAAAAGCAACGCCAAUUUUCAUACGAAUAACGGCAGCAGCAGCUGCAACUUUAGGAACGUCGACAGUUCGCUCAGUAGCGGAGGGACGAACAGCGAAGCUAACAGCAACAACAACAGCGCUAGUAACAGCAGCGGAAGCAAUAGUCACGUGAACUGUCAAUUCAAUUCAUCAAGUUCGAACAGUGUCACUGGGGGUGCGUCAAGCACCGGCUCCCGUUCUGGGGCGGCCGGGGCUACCUUUUCGGCUGCCGUUAACGGUAAGGAUAGUUUAGUAAACAGCGGGCGAGAAAACAGUACUAGCCCUACAAAAGACUCACAGGGUUCGUGGGGUAGCGUGGGCAGCGGAGGUCCUCGGGAGAAGGCUCACUCGUCUGGAGGUGGCGGGGGCAGUAAAGGCGCUAAAAGAAGACAGCAUCACGACAAGGAACGAACAUCGCGACAGCAACAGUACCGAAGCGAAGACUCACAGCAACAUAGUGAGAGCAAGAGCCGCGAUCGGGACGGAACUACAGAGGGAGGAGCUGGUCACCACCGAGAUCGCGACCGAGACGGGAGCACGAGUAGUGGCAGUCAUCAGAGGAGCAAAAUGUUCAUCGAGGAUUUCUGGGAUUGCUCCAUUUGCACCUACAGGAAUAAGGCGGAGGCGUUCAAGUGCGGCAUGUGUGACGCUCGUAAAGGCACGUCAACACGAAAGCCGCGGAUCAACCCUGCUCAGCUCGUAGUGGCACAACAGGUCGCCCAGGUUGCACAGGCGCAACAGCAACAGCCACGAGCAAAGCGAAGACGGGAACCAGGUGCCCAGGGCAAAAAGCUGAAAAAUAUCGAUCGAAACUCGGAUAUUCAAACCGCAAUUACUGUCAAUGGAAUUACGGUCGUAAUAACAGAAUUUAAACCGAAGACAUCCUCUCGAAAACGGACGGUAAGCGAAAAUUCAGGUGGCAGCAGUGAUGGGGGCGGCACAACGGCACAACAAUCAGACGACGAAUUUGAAGCGACACCAAGAGACAACCAUGCUACAACAGCGAUAGCAUCCAAAGCGUCACCCUAGAGGGACUUGAACAGAUACGGCUAAACGAUAGGAAUACAGAAACUAACCUCUACAAAGGCUCGAUGUUUCAAGGACACGAUAUAUGAAGACUUCUAGAGGCGGGGCAAGACAGUUCUAUCUGAUGUAUCGGGUAACGAUUCAAUAUUGAUUCAGGCGCGAUUCUGGAGUUUGACACGAAAGGUUCCCGACUAGAAAAUUCUCCAGGGCUCAAGAAAAGGUCGCCGCGGCCUAAACAUUUCUGUAUUCGUUUAUGCCACCUGUGCAUUAAUAUCAUUCUUCUACUCCAGUUGGCCGAUAAAGCUUAAAAAAUACAGGCCGAUCGUUAAAAAUCGCAGUACUUUUCUAAUGCCCUAAGUAAAAAUUAUCUGACAGUAGGCACUUGCAGGAAUCAACUGAAGGUAAAACAAAAAAACAAUCUCCCGGUGAUUCUUCAGCGUUAAGCGACAAUUGCACGAUUUCGUUAGUUGCACCAUAACUAUCAGUUAUCAUUCUGCUACCCGAUUCUCUUCCUCAUUACGCUUAUAUAUGCAUUUUGUCGGUGAGACAUUUUAAAUUGAGCAACAUCCACUCCACAUAAAAUACUUAUGGUCUGUUCCCAGGUUUUCCAUUUUUCUUUUUUACUUGUUUUGCCCAGUGGGUGCCUAAUAAAUGGAGGUCAUUCAUAAUGAUUCGCCUACUGCCAAUAUGCCGUCUCAAGUAUACUGUAAUAUCGGGAAGAGAAUAAUUAUUAUAAUAAUGAUUUAUGGUUGAUGAGAGCCAUAGCUCCUCCUGUGCUAUUGUUUUCGGCGGUGACAAUUGCAAGGCAAGUUAGUUGAAUGAUGGAGACGGGUAAACAAAGCCAAGUUUACAAGUCAAUUGUAAUAAAUGUAUUCAAUCAAUUCAAUAGUAAUGAUGAUAUAUAGUAUUUUAUUAAUGAUGAUGACGAUUCGCGACGUGUGAAAUGUAUAUGAGGGACCGCAUUAAAUUGUGAAGCCGGUUAGCUAAACAAAGACCUACGAUAAGCAAGUUCUCUUGGGGGGUGAUACAGAAGAGGCUGGAUACCUAGGCGAAACGUGUCAUUUGCGUGGAUUAACGUGCGAAAACGGUGGCAAAGUGCAACAUGUUCGUAAUGUAGCUACGGUCUGUAACUAUGUUAUAGCCGAGCAAGUUAGAACGACUAUAUUUAGAAGCUAGGAAGUGGCUGUUUUGAGUUUAAGCCCGCAAAAUUCACGACAAUUACAUCCCCGACAAACACCAAGCGUAAAUAUAAGAAUAUAACAAAAACAACGUUAAAGCUAGCAGUAUCUAUUUAAAAUACAGACAAUUUUGGCUAUAUUAAACAUCCGCAAGUAGAAGACCUAGGUGUAUCCUUAGACUGGAUAACGCGAAACAGGAUAAGGGCAACUAAACAACAUCAACAAAAUCUAACAGCUCAUAAGUAGGAGUACUAAAUAUGAACCCAUCACUGCCAAUCAACUAUAUUGAUAACAGUCUAAAUAAUUAUACUUACACAAACAAACAACAUAUAUAUAUAUAUAUAUAUAUAUAUAUAUAUAGAAAUUAACUUUUCACCGACCUCCGGGAGAAUGCUGAACGCGUUUUUCCUACAUGCUGAGGGCCGCCUACGGAGGCAAGCUUCAGUGGAUCAUGGUAACACACGUUGCCAAUUGGCGCAGAUAAACGAAAGAAAAUUUUCUUUUUCUGCGUUCUUGAAAGUGUUGUAAGUGAGUAUAUAUGUUUGGUGGUUCUCAAAGAUCCAUACGAGAGGAGUAGGUUAUUCUUGAAAGAUAUCUUGGAGAAAAGUUCGGGACAGGUGUGUCGUUAGUAUUCUAACGGAUCUGCUCCAGGGGUUUAUUAAUAAACCCACAUAUGUAGCUAGUAAUUAUCAAGGAAUAACACGAUUUAAAACCUGAUAAUAUUAGUAUUAUUAUGAUGAUUUCGGGGGGUUAAGGUAGAAAACACUGCCCGAUGAUGUACGAGGAGUGAACGGGUAUGGUUGACGAAGACCCAUGUGGACAAUAUCGGCCUGCGAACAGCGCUGCUGGCAUAAAGCAAAAUGUUAUUCAUAGCUACAGAAAGGUUAUUAAUGGUUGUCUAAUUAUAUCUGCCAACUGUCGAUUUGUCUGUAAGUAGCUUGAUCCGUGUGUGUGCGCUUGGAUUUGAGUGGAACGGCUGACUGGGUGUCUGUAGGUGGUAACCCGUGGUAAUUUGUCAGGUUAGACUAUCGAAUGAUUAUAAAUCAUAUUAAUGAUACAAUACGAUAUGAAUUUUGGUAACGUUGAUGACGAUAGUAAGAGUAGUAACAAGAGUGACAGUGACUAUGAUUAAACGUAAUGGUAAAAUGGCUGCCGAUAUCGAUAUGGUGGUAUCAGCUGCAGUUCUACAAUAGUUCUCAUUUGGACCCGUAGUGAUGCAGCUGUGUAUGAGCAGAAUACCUCUAAAAGUAUUGCUACUGAAAAUCGGCCUUAGUUCCGCUCCAUACGAAAUGAUGUAACAAUGGAAUAAUAUAAGAUGUAAUAUUCAUCUCUAUUUUUCUAUUGCGAAGAGUUACUCAGCCAAAACGUUUAUUCAAACACAAGCAUCGAUGAAAAUUGUAAACAAAUUUAAAUUUCUUCUUAAUGGCAUCCACUGAAAAUUACCGAAAAAUACAGCUGUUUAGUGCAUAAAAUAUUCUCAUAGAAUCAUCAGCACAACGUAGUAAGUUGUAUCAUUUAAGAAUAAGAAAAAGAAAAGCAAGAAAAUUAAUACACAAGUAUUAGUAAAUAAAAAUAACACAAGUAUUAGUAAUAACAGCUAUAUACAAACGAUACAAGUAGUGUGAUAUCUCUUUUUCGUAAUGAUGGUAUUUCAAUAAUGAGGAAAAAUAGACAUUAUAGCAAGUACCUUAUUCGAAGCUCCGGCAUGGGUCUAGAAUGAGCAAACUUAAUUCCGGUGGUUCGGCUCAUGGUGAAGCAUUCAGCUGCUGAAUGUUUUACACCGUCCCGAAUUCUAAUUUGAAUCACUUCCUUUUCGUCUUUCUACCUCACAAGUUUGUCAUCCACACAGACACAAAGGCCAUUUCCACAUGGUAUUAUUUAUUAGAAUGCCCUUUUGUCGACGCCUAUGAGUAAGGACGUCCAUCCUUGUGAAGGUUCCUACGAAAAUGGGGUAGAAAUGAAGCAUACAAAUAGUCCGGUUUCCAAACAAAGAAAUCGGGCUCGUAACAUCGCAUAGAUAAGGAGGUGAAGGAAAAAAAAAGUAGUUUGUCCAAAACAAAAAUAAAACUGAUGUUUCGCCUUA